UAAAAUAAACUUAACUAUAAUGUUUGUUUAAAUAAACUUUACAGCUUGUUAACUAGAAUUCCGAGAUUGUUACCCUAUUUUGACAAAUAUGUCUGGACUAUAAUUUAUUGACUGUUUUAAACAUGUGGUAAAACCCAGAGUUUGUACUCAUAUAGCCAUAGUUACCAAACUGAUACACUACAAUUAUAAACAUAAAUCGUUCACAAUGUCAGAUCUAGCAGCAAACGGGAUCUUUUUCAACGAAAUUGACAAAAUAUGUAUCUUAGAGCCUGAAAACUACAAGCAAACCAGCGAUCUGAAGGAGGAGUGUUUUAUAUACGUAGAAAAAAUUGACGAGUUUCAAAAAAUUGCAGACAGGUUUAUUUCAAUGGUGGAAGCCUUGAGCAACAAAAUUGAGAAACAGAAAAUCAAAGCGAUUGGCGCUCGAAACUUGUUGCAAGGGAUGGAGAAACAAAAAGAGCACAAUCAGCAACAGUUGCAUGCACUAAUAAACGAAACAUCCAUGGAACUGGAACGGCUGAAAAUCCAACUAAACUCCCUGCAAAAAACUGAAAUUGAGCAAAAUGAAAUAAUAACACAACUGACACGUUAUUAGAAACCUACUAAACAAUUUAUUUACGGGUGUGUACAACAAAUAAUACAAUGGUUAAGCCACUCGUAUUUAGAAAGUUAUUCUGUACAACUAACCUAUUUCUGGAAACAGCCGUAAAACUUAAAAUGAUGUUUAUUCUAAUGGUAAAUUGGUAGACUGUGACUGUAAUGAACAAAAUCUAUUGUUUGUAGUGGGACACGAUAAAAGGCAUUCACCAUGAUUACAGAAUGAUCUUCAAAACUCGACAGAUGUAUAACAAAAUAUCGCAUCUCUUAAACAAGCACCUGGCAUAUUAAAUUAUCUAAAUAAAUAUCAAACUGUGUCCUACAAACAUAAAAAUUUUACAUUAAUUUAUGAAACAAUCAACUCAAAAAUAAAAUUAUAGACAGUAA